AUGGCCUCGAGCCUUUCCGAAACAGAUGCUGCCCAGCAGGACGCAGCUUGGGCAGAGAGUACUGGUGAUGAGACGGCUGGGGAGGAACAGAUCCGGCCUUCUGAUAGGCCGCUUAGCGACAGACAAGAUCAAGAUCCUGAUGAUUCUGCUGCUGCAGACACUGAUGUCUCUGGUGACUUUCCUUCUCAUACCGCUGGUGCAGAUGGCUCAUCUGAAUACGAUCCCGGGGCGGUGGUGGUGCCGGCUGUAGAGGCCGUCUUCGAUGCUGAGCCCGAGGCUGUCGCCACUGGCGACGAGUCAGCAGAGCCUGAACGCGUGCCUGUUCCCGCGGCGAAGAAGCCCAAGGCCGUUGGAGGCUUCUUGGUGGGAGACUCGGACUCGGAAGACGACGAAGACACUCCUGCCGCUGCCGCUAACGGCCAGUACGGUCUUGCAUACCCUCUUCCUCAGGGCGACGGCCAGUCAUCCCUUAAUGCCCCUGCCUCUGUGCCGGAUGCCGAUGGCAAUGAUUCAUAUGACCCUUCUCUGUCCACGCAAACAACGAUGGCUGGCGUGCUGACGGUACCGAUACCAGCACCUGCACCUGCAUCUGCACCUGCACCGCAGCCGGCUGCUUUCCCCUCCUCCGCUGCUGUUCUUGAUGCUGGCGGCCGUCUGGAGGCGCGUAUCGCUGACGAUCCGCGGGGAUCUGUGGACUCGUGGCUUGCCCUGAUUAGCGAAUAUCGCCAAAACAACAGAUUCGAAGAUGCCCGAUCUGCAUUCAGGCGCUUUUUGGACGUCUUUCCCCAGGCUGCCGAAGUAUGGAUCGACAACAUCGAAAUGGAGCUAGAGCUGGACAACUUUGCUGCGGCCGAGGACCUCUUCGCCAGAUCGCUCACCAAGGUGCUCAACGUCCCGCUCUGGGUGGUGUACCUCGACUACGUUCGCCGACGCAACAACCUGCUAGGUGACAACGCCGAAGAGGCGCGGAAGGUCGUCAGCCGGGCAUACGAAUUCGUUCUCGACAAUGUCGGUCUCGACAAGGACGCCGGGAGGGUCUGGCAGGAUUAUGUGCAGUUCAUCCGCUCGGCUCCGGGCACGAUCGGUGGUGCCGGCUGGCAGGAUCAACAGAAAAUGGACCAGCUGAGGAAGGCCUUUCGACGGGCAACCUGCAUCCCCAUAUCCAACGUCAACCAGCUGUGGAAGGAGUACGACCAAUUCGAGAUGGGCCUCAACAAGAUCACUGGCCGCAAAUUCCUGGCCGAGCGAUCGCCAGCCUACAUGUCGGCCAAGAGCGCCAACACGGCAUUGGAGAACCUGACACGCGGCCUCAGUCGCACCACGAUUCCCCGGCUGCCACCGCUCGCAGGGUUUGACGGAUAUCCGGAGUACAUGGCGCAGGUGGAGCUGUGGAAGCGGUGGAUUGCGUGGGAGAGAUCGGACCCUCUCGACCUCGGCCCUGACGAACCGGACGUUCUGAAGGCGCGCAUUCUUUACUGCUACAAGCAGGCUCUCAUGCCGUUGCGGUUCUGGCCGGAGCUGUGGGUUGAGGCGGCCGAGUGGUGCUUCGCCAACGAUGUGAAGGAGUCUGGAAAUGACAAGGGCAUCGAUUUUCUUGUCGAUGGCAUCGCGGCCAAUCCCGAGAGCAUCCUGCUGGCCUUGAAGCACGCCGACCGCAUCGAAUCGACGUAUCCUGUGGAGGAGGGUGACGAAGCCAAGAUUGCCCGCGGCCUGGCCGUGCGAGUGCCCUACGACAAGAUUAUACAGACGCUGCGCGACCUACACAAAUCUCUGCAGGAUCGGGAAAAGGCUGAGAUUGCACGGUUAGAGGAGGCCAUGGCUCCCGCCGGCACACAGAACACACAGAACGAUGACGACUAUGGGAACGACGAGGACGACGAACAACAGGGGGGGAAUGGGCACGCUGGUGACGAAGAGCGGGAAAGGAAGAUCGCGUUCACCCGGCAGGCCUUUGCAGCACAGAUGGACCUAGUGUCGAAAUGUCUAACGCACGUCUGGAUUGCCCUCGCGCGCGCGAUGCGGCGGAUACAAGGCAAAGGCAGCCCACAGGGCCCGCUUGGGGGUAUGCGCCAGGUGUUCUAUGAGGCUCGCAAAGGAGGACGUCUCAAGAGUGACAUUUACGUUGCCAUUGCCAAGAUGGAGUGGAAGUGCUACAACGACAAAGCGGGCGGCAAGAUUCUGGAACGUGGGUCGAAGUUGUUCCCCGAGGAUGCAUACUUUAUGAUAGAGUACAUCAAGUACUUGAUCGCUCAUGGCGACAACACAAACUCGCGAGUCGUGUUCGAAACGUGUGUCAACCGGCUUGCCCAGAAGCCGGAAACGGUGCACAAGGCCAAGCCGCUAUUGGCUUACAUGCACAAGCGAGAGGCUGAAUACGGCGACCUCUCACGUGUGAUUGAGCUGGAGAAGCGCAUGGCAGAGCUGUAUCCCGACGAUCCGAAGCUGGCCCUGUUCAGCAAGCGUUUCGCGACCGAGAAGUUCGACCCAGCCGGUGCCCGCAUCAUCAUCUCGCCAGCCGCACAGCUGCGUCCACCUCGCGGUAUCAUGCCGUCAGUAGAGAAGCCAGCGUCUCUUCGCAACAGCCCCAUGCCGGGUGGCCUGUCUCUGCGACAGCCUAAUAGCCCACGCAUGAGUCUCAUGGCAGCCUCCACGAACUCGCCGAAGCGGCCGUUCCCGACGGACGACUUCGACGACAGCAACCCGCCCCGGAAGAUGCUCAGGGGCGCCGACCAGCGCGAAUUUGUGCGAGGCGAGUCUCCUCUGAAAGGAGCGGCCGGACGACGUUUGGACCAGCAGCGCCGACUGCACGGCCAGGGUUCCGGAUACGGGGCCAUGUCCUCGGCUGCUGCUCCGCCGGCUCCUCUGCCAACUAUGGUGACCUUUUUGCUGGGACAGCUGCCACCGGCUGCGCUGUACAAUGGCAUACGCUGUGCGCCCAUUGGCCUGGUGCAAUUGCUUCGGGAGACCGAUAUUGACCCCAACACCUGGGAGCCCGGCCGGAAGAACGCCUCGAAGCAGGCAAGACAGCAAUUUGGUCGUCAUGGAGCCGGUCCAGGACACGCUCGUCAGGUGUCUUCUGACUUUGCCCACUACCGCGGCAGCCGGAACUCGCCGGCUCCUUCUGGAGGGUAUCGGCAGCCGUCUCUGCGGCCGGACGAGGCAUAUGAGCCGCCUCCGCCGUCGCUGGGAGCCGUCCCUGCCGUUUAUCCAGGUCAGUACGGAGCGCCGCCACCGCAGCAGUUUGAAGGCGGCCAGCAAUGGCCGGCAGCAGCGCCACCUGCGGGCUACGGCGUUCCGUCGUAUCCGCAGCAGGCGCCGCCACCGGGCCAGUACGGCAACUUUCGGUAUCAAUAG